GGUGCCAUUAACCAUAGCUCUUCCUCCAGUAGCAGCCAUGGCCCAGUGGAUGACAACACAGCUGCUGCUCUUUCUAGUGUGGAUGGCUGAAGUAGGGGAGGCCCAGCCCAGGACUAUUCGAAUCAGGACUGAGCUUCUCAACGUCUGUAUGGAUGCCAAACACCACAAGGAAAAGCCUGGCCCCGAGGACAACUUGCAUGAACAGUGCACUCCCUGGAAGAAGAAUGCCUGCUGCACUGCCGACACCAGCGAGGAAGCCCACAAGGAUAUUUCCAACCUGUAUAGAUUCAACUGGGACCACUGCGGAAAGAUGGCGCCCGCCUGCAAACGGCAUUUCAUCCAGGACACCUGCUUCUAUGAGUGCUCCCCUAACUUGGGGCCCUGGAUCAAGCAGGUGGACCAGAGCUGGCGCAAAGAGCGGAUCCUGAAUGUGCCCCUGUGCAAAGAGGACUGUGAGAGCUGGUGGGAGGAUUGUCGCUCCUCCUACACCUGCAAGGGCAACUGGCACAAGGGCUGGAACUGGACCUCAGGGUAUAACCAGUGCCCCGUGAAAGCUGCCUGCCACCCCUUCCCUUUCUACUUCCCCACACCUGCUGAUCUGUGCAAUGAGAUCUGGAGUCACUCCUACAAAGUUAGCAACUACAGCCGAGGGAGCGGCCGCUGCAUCCAGAUGUGGUUUGACCCAGCCCAGGGCAACCCCAACGAGGAAGUGGCAAGGCUCUAUGCUGAGGUCCAGAGUGGGGCUGGGCUCCGCGGGGCCUGGGCUCCCCUGCUCAGCCUGGCCCUGAUGCUGCUCUGGCUGCUCUGCUGAUCUCCUUUGCCUUUGACACCUGGACAUCCCUGCCCUGUUCGGCCCCACAGCUCCUAGCCAUUCAGUGCCUGCUCCACCGUCGGGCCUCUGACAGCCAGUUUAAAUAAACCAGACACUCCACAUAUGUCUUGGGAAUUACUUGG